AUUUCAUACGUCUAUGAUUAUUGAUUUCUUCGUCUGCAGAAUGGUGAGGGUCCUUCCUUACUCCUUAACCGUUCUGUUGGAGUUUAGACUGCUUCUUUCCGACUUCCGAGUUUGCACGUGUAUUUGGUACAACACAUUUAACAAUACAUCACAUUUAACAGAGGAUCAUUCGAAAAUUUUUACCUUUUGCGACCAAGCGUAUCGACUAGAGAUAUUUCGUUGCGAGAAACAUUGUUGGUGAAAGGACUACGUGGUGUAAUUAUACAUACAACAUGGAAAGAUCUGGAAACUUGGUUGAAACUUAAUCUGGAUCUAUUUGCGAUUUAUAACGCUAAAUCUUAAUCUGUAAUAUAUUUGGUAAUAUAUUUGCGCCAUUUUUCAUAAUAACAUAGAACUUUUAGUUCUGAAGAAGAUUAAUUAGCAGCAAAGCUCAGUAGUAGCUUUCUAUUCAGUGCAAUGGAUUUUGAGAAGUAUUAUAAGACUGAGUCGGAUGGAAAUUAUGCUGUACAUUUUGUGAACAAGGACAAACUGUCUUCACAAGAAAUUAGAGAAAUAUUUUCAGCUUAUGGGGAUGUCCUGAGCAUAAACGGCGUUAAAAAUGGUGACACAGGAUUUAGAUUUGUUAAGUAUAAAACCUUGCCUGAAAUAGAAGAAUGUUUUAACGGUUUGAAAGAUGGUAGUAAGAUAGAGUUACUGCCAGAAAAGAGUAAAAUGAAUGAAUGGAUGAAUAAGAGAAGUUCAAACCAAGCAGCAAGAAUGGGAAAUUCAUUUAAAAAACCGCUUAACAAUGACAGGCAAUUCAAUUCUGCAAGUUCUAGUUAUAACAGAAAUUUGUCGAACAUUGAAACAAACUUUACUCAUAUGGGAAUUUCUAAUGAAAGUAAUAGAGCAGAUAACUUUUCACAUAAUAAUGAAAAUUUUAUGAAUAAUCAUAAAUCUACUCAAAAUAUGGUUAAGGACGAUGAAUCACGUUCAUCAGUAUUUAAUAGAAAUUCUUCAUUAUCUUCAGGACAACGAAGAUCUUCUACAGAGAGUAACUCUUUGGAUACUCUAGAGUAUGAAAAGUAUUAUAGAGUAUGUAAAAAAGACAAGACUUAUACUUUACAUUUUGCAAACAAGAAAGGACUCGACCUUGAUGAAAUAAAAGAGUUGUUCUCAUCUUAUGGAAAUGUUGUAGCCGCAUUUGUCGGAGGAGAUCAUGGUGGAUUGAGAUUCGUAAAGUAUAACACACUGGAGGAAACGAUCAGAUGUAUAAAAGCGCUUCAAAAUGAUGAUAAGAUAAGCCUGUUGCCACACAAAAAUAAAAUUGGGAAUGAAAUGACAGGCACAAUAUGUGGCAAACAAUUUAAUUCGUUCUCCAAUCAUAAUGAAACUAAUCGACAGGAAAAAUUAUCAGAAAAUGAAGAAAAGCCAAUUUGUAAUACAAAAACUUCUGAUCGGGGUAAAUUUGCAGAUAGCAACAACUUUUCAGAUAAUACCUCUCACAGUUCAAGGCAGGAUUAUAAAUCUAAUGCAUAUGAUAUUAGACAUAGAAAUACAGAUUCACAGAUGCUUGAUGAAAAAUACUUGUCCUCAAGACAACAAAACCCUAUUAAUAACGAAAAUCAUAAUCAAGUGAUGAAUAGGAAGCAACAGGAAACUACAUUCUAUUCAAGUAAGAUUGAGGCAGAUACCAAAAUGGAUAGAGAUAUGCGAAAUAGCACACCCAAAAUAAUGCCGAAGUUGACUUCUGACACAGAUGUGAAUCUGAAAGAAUUUGAGAUGUGCGACAUCUCAUUAAAUGAAAUUAAGAAUUCAUCUAAAUACUUAUUCAUUCCAAUGCAAGAGAUAAUUGUUGCUAACAUUGAUAUAAAAUAUGGCGUACAUUACAUCUUACAUUUGCUUGAGAAAUACAGUCCAAUUUCAUCGACGUUUAUGAAGAUAAGCUCUAUAAAUGUACGGUACUGUCGCAUCUUGUUUAAGACUCCACAAGACGCGGUAGCUGUCGAAGAAGAAUUUGAUAAUUUUGAUUUAGCCGGAAAGAAGCUUGUUGUUUUACGAACAUCACGAGUAAUAGAUGAAACUAUAAAUUACUAUAAAUAAAAAAUAGUAAAUUACUAUUUUUUUUCUUUUCGGAAGAAUUUUUCUGCCUUAUUUUUCUUAUAGUUGCUAGACUUGUUAUUGGUUGGUUUAGAUUUGAUAAAAAUCACCUUUGAUAUGGCAUGUAUGCAUAGUUUGAUGAUAGAACAUAUUUGUUGAUAAAUGUAUUAUUUUAUUAUACAUAUUAAUUUGACUAUGGUAACUUGAAAAAUUUGUAUUUUUUUAAAUGAAAUUUUUGAUAAUGAAUCAUAUGAGUGUUACCCAUGUA